AUGUGUCAUGCAGGUUCAGGCGAUUACAUUCUCCUAGGCGGUUUGGCUCGAUUUCACUGCAUCCAGCCUCCCCCACAGAUAUUAAUAGUGGUCGUUGAUGGUAAUGUGAUGGUUCAGCAGCAAGUCCACUCGGCCAAGGAAGAUUCCCUCUACUACAUCGAGGAGUUAAUCCUGCAGCUGCUAAACAAGCUAUGCAUUGCUCAGCCACGGACUUUUCAAGAUGUGGAGGAGCGCGUGCAAAAGACCUUUCCUUAUCCGAUCGACAAGUGGGCCAUCGCAGACGCGCAAUCCGCCAUCGAGAAGCGAAAACGAAGAAACCCUCUCCUGUUGCCCGUGGACAAAAUACAUCCUUUAUUGAAGGAGGUUCUUGGUUACAAAAUAGAUUAUCAGGUGUCUCUUUACAUCGUGGCAGUCUUGGAAUACAUCUCGGCCGACAUCUUAAAACUGGCCGGCAACUAUGUCUUCAACAUACGGCACUUUGAGAUCUCCCAGCAAGACAUUAAAGUAUCGAUGUGUGCUGACAAGGUCCUAAUGGAUAUGUUCGACCAGGAUGACAUCGGCUUGGUUUCCCUCUGUGACGACGAGCCCUCCUCCUCCGGGGAACUGAACUACUACGAGAUCGUCAGGACAGAAAUCGCUGACGAAAGGCAGUACCUGCGGGAGCUGAAUCUGAUCAUAAAAGUCUUUCGAGCCGCUUUCCUAUCUAACAGGAAGCUGUUCACGCCUUGUGAUAUCGAUAUGAUAUUUAGCAACAUCGCAGACAUUCACGAAUUGACAGUGAAGCUCUUGGGGCUAAUCGAGGACACCGUGGAAAUGACAGACGAGAGCAGUCCCCACCCCCUCGCCGGAAGCUGCUUCGAGGAUCUGGCAGAGGAGCAAGCCUUUGACCCUUAUGAGACCUUGUCCCAAGACAUCCUUUCGCCACAGUAUCACGAACACUUUAAUAAUUUGAUGGCUAAGCCCGCAGUCGCUUUACACUUCCAGUCAAUUUCUGGCGGUUUCAAAGAAGCAGUGCAGUACGUCCUUCCGCGGCUGAUGCUGGUUCCUGUUUAUCACUGUUUCCACUACUUUGAGCUAUUACAGCAAUUGCAAGAAUGUAGCGAAGAAGAAGAGGACUGCGAGUGCCUGAAACAAGCCAUCACGGCUCUGCUGAAUCUCCGGUGUAGCAUGGAGCGUAUCUACAACAAACACUCGCCGAGACGCCGGCCGGGGGAGCAGGUCUCUUGGUUUUACAACCGCCAAGUCAGAAGCAAGCACCUGGCCAUUAAAAAAAUGAACGAGAUCCAGAAGAACAUUGACGGCUGGGAAGGCAAAGACAUUGGCCAGUGCUGCAACGAGUUCAUCAUGGAAGGGACCUUGGUGAAGGUAGGAGCCAAACACGAGCGGCACGUGUUCCUCUUCGACGGCCUGCUGAUCAGCUGCAAAGCGAACCACGGGCAGUCCCGUCUCCCGGGCUACAGCAAUACCGAGUACCGGCUCAAGGAGAAAAUCGUCAUGAGGAAGGUCCACAUCGUCGACAAGGACGACACCUGCGAAUACAGGCAUGCCUUCGAGCUGGUCUCCAAAGACGAGAACUGCAUCGUGUUUGCUGCCAAGUCCGCCGAAGAGAAGAGCAACUGGAUGGCCGCCCUGAUCUCCCUCCAGUACCGCAGCACCCUGGACCGCAUGCUGGACGCGGUGCUGCUACGGGAGGAGAACGAGCAGCCCUUGCGUCUGCCCAGCCCUGGCGUCUACCGCUUUGCGGUGGAGGACUCCGAGGAGAACAUCGUCUUCGAGGACAGCCUCCAGAGCCGGAAUGGCAUCCCCAUGAUCAAAGGCGGGACAGUGGUGAAGCUGAUCGAGAGGCUGACGUACCACAUGUACGCAGAUCCUAAUUUUGUACGCACUUUUCUUACAACAUACCGUUCCUUCUGCAAGCCACAAGAACUCCUGGACCUGUUGAUAGAACGGUUUGAAAUCCCAGAGCCUGAGCCGACCGAAGCAGACAAGUUGGCAAUCGAGAAAGGAGAGCAGCCGAUUGGUGCAGACCUGAAAAGAUUUCGCAAGGAAUAUGUCCAGCCAGUGCAACUCAGGGUAUUAAAUGUGUUUCGACACUGGGUGGAGCACCAUUUUUACGAUUUUGAGAGAGACCAGGAGCUGCUCGAUAGACUGGAAACAUUCAUUUCGGGCGUCAGAGGCAAAUCCAUGAAAAAGUGGGUGGAAUCCAUCGCAAAGAUUAUUCGGAGGAAAAAACAAGCUCACGCAAAUGGUGUUAACCACAACAUAACGUUUGAGAGCCUCCCACCCCCAAUCGAGUGGCACAUCAGUCGCCAGUUUGAGACGUUUGACCUCAUGACCCUCCACCCCAUAGAGAUUGCUCGGCAGCUGACACUCCUGGAAUCCGACCUCUACAGGGCCGUUCAGCCAUCAGAACUCGUUGGGAGCGUGUGGACAAAAGAAGAUAAAGAAAUUAACUCCCCAAACCUACUGAAAAUGAUCCGGCAUACAACAAACCUCACUCAUUGGUUUGAAAAGUGUAUAGUGGACACGGAGAAUUUCGAGGAGCGAGUGGCUGUGUUGAGCCGGAUUAUCGAGAUCUUGCAAGUUUUCCAAGACUUGAAUAACUUCAAUGGUGUGCUGGAGAUCGUCAGCGCAAUCAAUUCGUCCUCUGUGUAUCGGUUGGAGCACACCCUUGAGGCAUUACAGGAGAGGAAGAAGAAAAUCUUGGAUGAAGCGGUCGAACUGAGUAAAGAUCAUUUCAAAAAAUACCUUGCUAAGCUGAAGGCAAUCAACCCACCCUGUGUGCCUUUCUUUGGUAUAUACUUAACGAACAUUCUACAUACAGAAGAAGGGAACCCUGACUUCCUUAAAAGACAGGGGAAAGGAUUAAUCAACUUCAGUAAGAGGAGGAAAGUGGCUGAGAUCACGGGAGAAAUCCAGCAGUAUCAAAACCAGCCUUACUGUUUACAGGUCGAACCGGAUAUACGGAGGUUCUUUGAAAACCUCAACCCUAUGGGAAAUAUUCCCGAAAAAGAGUUUAUGGACUACUUGUUCAACAAAUCCCAUGAGAUCGAGCCUCGCAACUGCAAGCAGCCCCCGAGAUAUCCUAGGAAGACCAGCUAUUCUCUGAAAUCUCCUGGAAUCAGGCCCAACACGGGCCGGCACAGCUCGACGUCCGGCACGCAGCGGGGCCACCCGAUGCCUCUGGAAAAGGAGCCGUACAAGAUCAGUUUCAGCAGGAUCACUGAAGCCGAACAGGAGUCCGCAGUAUCGGCACCCACCUCGCCGAGCAUCCCCUCCCCUCCCCCGGCAUCCGCAUCCUCCGAGCUCAGCGUGUUCCUAGACAUCGAUCUCAACAGCUCUUACGGUAGUAACAACAGCAUCUUUGCACCUGUUCUUUUGCCGCAGUCAAAGUCCUUUUUCAGUUCGUGUGGAAGUUUGCACAAACUAAGUGAAGAGCCUCUGGUUCCUCCACCGCUUCCUCCUCGCAAGAAGUUCGAUCAGGAUUCCUCUACUUCAAAGGGCGGUUCCAGAUCGGAUGACGACCCUCCCGCCAUUCCGCCUCGGCAUCCCCCCCCUCCAAAGAUACAGCCACGAAACCUCGCGUUCAACCUCCAGCCGCCGCCCGUGGGACGCUUUCACCGGGACCCCGACCGGCUGCGGGAAGCCAGCACGUGCCCAAACUCCCCCAGCACCCCUCCGAGCACACCGUCGCCCCGGAUACCACGCCGCUGGUGUGCCCUCAGCCCGAGCCCCAACAGCCUGGCCGCUCCUCCGGUCCCCCCACGCCAGAACUCCAGCCCUCAGCUGCCGAAACUGCCACCAAAGACUUACAAGCGGGAACUCUCCCACCCUCCUUUGCACAGACACUCUUCGCUGGAGAACGCGGAAACGCCUCAAUGACCUCGGCCGCAGUAGUCAUUGACACUGGAAUGUUAGCUGUUAAGUUUCUGGUUUCCUUCGUAAUUUAUUCCGACGAGGCAACAUAUUUCAGUACUUUGGCAGAGCCGCCGCCAAGACCCAGCGUGCCGCCAAUCGAGACUGACGUGCGGGAAUUAGAACCGCCAGAGCGGGGCCCUUCUUCUCACUCCCGCCGUCAGUCCUGCCGUGUUCUCCUCAGGGGACCGGGAUCUCUGCCUUCUCCUCCUCCUCCUCCCUCCCGUGCCGACAGUUUUGCCAGUACAGAGAGCCUAGAUUUUGCACUGUAAACUACCAACACUACCGUGAAUUUUUUAAAACUGACAUCCGUUUAUUGCACUGAGCCAAAAUGGUUCACGGGCGGGGGGGGGGGGGGGUGUUUUCCCCUGCCCAAACUGGAGCACAGCGCGGCCUUUGCUACGUAUGUGUUAUUUUUCUCCCAAGAGCACGAUCCACUGGGAAUUCCAGCAAGCGUCACUGAAAGGAACGGGGAACCCUGCCGUGCUCUUGAGCAGCUCCAUCCGUUUCAGUGGCACUUGUCCAGAAGGGGUUCCAGCAGGUCGUGCCUAGAAGGGGGUGUGGCCUAUCCACCCGAGCAUGAAGACGCUAUAUUAUGUUACUGAUUUUUCCGAGACCUCUUUACCCUAUAUGCCUUUAAAAGAAAAAAAAUGUUGCAUACGUUUUAAGAGACUGGCAGAUGACCUUUUUUUUGCUGUUCUCAAGGGUUAGUCGAUCACCACGUCUUAAUUUCCAUUGAUUUUGGGGGGUUUUCUUUUGCUGCUGAAGAUAAUGAGAAAGGGAAAAAAGCGAUAGGUAUCCUUCCGAGUGCAUCGUGAGACAUUUGAUUUCGUAGGCAAAAUGGAAGCGAGGACUGCCUGACCCAAUUAUCGAAGAGUAUUUAGCAUGCGUCGCGUACAGCUGUGCCUUGUUUUUGUUUGGGCAGCCGGAGGUGUCUUAAGCUAAAAAGUUGCCUGCUGUUUUGGUGAACAAAGCUAGUGCGUCAUAUUCUGUACAGAUGUUUAUAGUGUAUAUUUACAGAUUGAUAACCUGUAUACGUUUCUGUGACCGGAGGCCUCCUCCGCAGCCUGCGAACUCCUGCGCACCGUUCACAGUUGUAAGCGUUUUCCUAUCCAUGGGAGAAUGUUUUUGCCUUCUAGAACAGAACCAAAUUGACUCUUUCGAAAAACGAUUUCACUUCAGUUUCAUCACGGGGCUCCCCUUUCGGAAACUGGUGCUGUCACCAACCAGCGAGCCCCAAACAGCUUUAUUUUUUGUCUUUCAGAAAUGUAAAAAAAGCGAGGGAGACAUUCUCUUGCCCAUAGAACAACGCCACUUUCUUUAGUUGAAGCUGGCACAAAAGACGUGCCUAGUCUGAGUACUGUAGAAUCCCGAAGCCUUUUCUUCUGCACUGGUCUGUGGCCUUUUACUGUGCUUUGUAUCAGAGUUCUUAACCAGAUUAAUAAAUCAAC